AUGGCUUCAACACAAGGGUUCCAUGGAAAAAUUAUCGCCGUUUCGGGUGCUGCCUCUGGUAUAGGUUUAGCUACCGCGCAUUAUCUAGCUCAACGAGGCUCUUCCCUAUCGCUCUUGGAUAUCCAACAGAAGGCACUGGAAGAUGCAGCCGAGUUGAUUAGAAAGAGUACUAAUACUAGGGUCCUGACGACAACCGGCGACAUUAGCAAGAAUGAACAUGUCGAGCGAUGGAUCAUGUCAACAAUUUCAGAAUUUGGCAGGCUAGAUGGGGCAGCUAAUGUAGCGGGCAUAUUUGUGGAAUCAACCGACCGUGGGGGAAUUGCGAACAUGACGGACGAGGUUUGGAACACCGUUCUCGGUGUCAACCUGACCGGGAUGAUGUUCUGCCUACGGGCCCAAUUGAAGGUGAUUUCCAACGGUGGAAGCAUCGUCAAUACCUCGAGUGUAGCGGGACUACUCGGAUCAAGCCAAUUUCCAGCUUACUCAACAAGUAAGCAUGGGGUCAUCGGACUCAGCAAGUGCGCAGCCCGCGAAGGGGGGAGCCGUGAGGUUCGGGUAAAUGCCAUUGUCCCUGGAGAAAUCCACACCCCCAUGUCGUCCAGAGCGAGUGAACUCAUCACUGUUCCUGGCUUCACAUCCAAACGAGCUAUCAAGAGAGCAGGAACCCCAGAAGAGGUCGCAGCACUAAUUGCAUUCCUUCUGGGAGAUGAAAGUCGCUUUAUUACAGGAUCUGUGUACCAAAUUGAUGGUGGGCGAAUUUGCUAAAACUAUGCUUAGGUCCUCGUAAUAGGGAAAUCAGUUCGCAUUUUGACGCUCUUUGAAAUACCCCAUAUUAUAUGAAG